GAUAACCAAUCAACUUAAUUCACUGAUAGUAGAACAAGUAGAAUAUUUACUUGCUGAUUUUCUUAUGGAAUUAUUAAUAUAAAAACAUAAAAACGUAUCACAUAGUGAUAUAAAUAUUUUUAGUUGUAAUUAAUAUAUUUAUAAUUACAAUAUUUUAUUUUUUAAAAUGCCCAUCGUAAAAAGAAUUCCCAAUAUUGGUCUCCGUGCUUAUAGUUCUAAGAUAAAACUAAAUGAUGUAGUCAUAGUCAGCGCAGCCAGAACACCAAUGGGUUCCUUCCUUGGAUCGCUCUCUAAUUUAUCUGCAACUAAACUUGGAGCAGUUGCUAUAAAAGCAGCAAUUGAACGUGCUAGUAUAGAUAAAGAUCGCGUUAAAGAAGUAUACAUGGGAAAUGUUUGUCAAGCUUAUCUUGGUCAAGCUCCAGCUAGACAAGCUACUUUAUUUGCUGGGCUACCUAAGUCAACGAUCUGCACCACGAUAAAUAAAGUCUGUGCAAGUGGUAUGAAGAGCAUAAUGCUUGCUGCUCAAUCAUUACAAUGCGGACAUCAAGAAAUUGUACUUGCUGGUGGAAUGGAAUCUAUGUCCAAUGUACCAUUUUAUCUUAAAAGGGGUGAAACUAUGUAUGGUGGUAUAAAACUUGAGGAUGGCAUUGUAUUUGAUGGCUUGAUUGAUGUAUAUAACAAGUGUCAUAUGGGUAAUUGCGCCGAAAAUAUUGCCAAAAAAUUUAAUAUCACACGGCAAGAACAAGAUAAAUAUGCAAUUAAUAGUUACAAACGUAGUGCUGCAGCUUACGAAAAAAAAGUUUUUAAUGAUCAAAUUGUACCAGUUAAUGUACCUCAGAAAAAAGGUAAACCGGAUAUUAUUUUUGCAGAGGAUGAAGAAUACAAAAAAGUGAAUUUUGAUAAAUUUGACAAAUUAAAUACUGUUUUUCAGAAAGAAAACGGAACUGUAACCGCUGGAAAUGCAUCAACAUUAAAUGAUGGUGCUGCUGCUUUAAUUUUAACAACCACUGAUGUAGCACAAAAGUUAAAUCUGAAACCUUUGGCUCGUAUAGUAGGUUUUCAAGAUGCUGCAACUGAUCCCAUUGACUUUCCAAUUGCACCUGCUCUUGCUGUUCCCACUCUAUUACAAAAUACUGGAUUAAACAAAAAUGAUAUAGCUCUUUGGGAAAUUAAUGAAGCUUUUAGCGUUGUGGUUAUAGCUAAUCAAAAAUUACUUGAUAUCGAUCCUUCGAAAGUAAAUGUACACGGUGGUGCGGUAUCUCUUGGACAUCCGAUAGGGAUGUCAGGAGCUCGAAUCGUCGUGCACUUAGUGCAUGCCUUAAAGUCUGGAGAAAAAGGUGUUGCAUCUAUUUGCAAUGGUGGCGGUGGUGCUUCCUCUAUUUUAAUUGAAAAAUUGUACCACUCGGUUUCAACUCCGCCAAAACUAACGCUAUAUACGAAGCAUCCUUGUCCUCUUUGCGACAUCUUAAAGGAUGAAUUGCAUUUACGUUUUGCUAAUCGAUAUCAAUUGGAAGAAGUUGAUAUUACGGCUUUGGGAAACGAAGCGUAUCUUGAAUUAUAUCGAUAUGAAAUACCAGUUCUCUUUUUGGAAGGUCAAUAUCUUUGUAAACAUCGUUUGGAUUCUGAUCUCUUAGAAAGGAGACUUAAAGAAUUGAUGUCAUGAAAAAAUAACAUAAUAUACAAUGUUAUCAAAUUUGCUAUAAUUUCAAUUGUUAAUAAUCAUUGAUAUCAUGAA